CACUCAUUACAAUUGAAAUCCCGUCUCGGCAAUAGACACGCGUUCAUCGGAUUCACAGACACUAAAAAAAAAAAAAAAAAAAAAAAAUCCAAUAGAUGGGUUCAAGGGACAAGGAACAAACGACGCCGCAUCAUCAACCGCUACUCAGUAGCCUAGUUGUACGUCCCUCCGUCAGCGACGGGGGCGGUGACGGUGGCGGUGGCCGCGGUGGUGGCAGCGAUUACGAGCCCGGCGAAGUUCGCCGUGACCCCCCUCCAACUUAUCGUUCUGAUCGGUACUCUGAUGAGCCUGGAUAUAGAACUCGUGCAGGUUCUGUUUCUCCUAUACGGCGUAGGGAUGCAGAUCAUCGAUAUGGCUCUAAUUUUGAUCAUUCUGGGGGUAUGCCACGCAGCCGCGAAUUUGGCAGUGGGAAGGAUCAUGAUAGAUAUCGAGACCCUUCACCACCUUAUGCUCGAGGAAGGGGUGGUGGCAGGCCUUUUGGCAGAGGUUUCGAUGGACCUGCACUUGGUCCUGGGCCUUUAAGAGGUGAAGGCAUGAAUCGAAAUAAUCCAAAUGUGCGACCACGGGAAGGAGACUGGGUUUGCCCUGAUCCUUCAUGCGGCAACCUGAACUUUGCCAGGCGAGAGUACUGUAACAAUUGCAAGAGAUUUCGCUAUGCACCUGGUGGAAGUCUUAGAAGGGGUUAUCCUGGCCCUCCACCACCACCACCACCACCACCUCCUCCUCCUAGGCGAUUUCCUGGACUUCCUAUGGAUAUUUCCCCUGGCAGACCCAUGAAUGGUUAUAGGUCGCCUCCUCGUGGUUGGGGCAGGGAUGGCCAUGGCCCUAGAGAGUUUGUAGCUGGUGGACCACCGCCUUCUCGGCAUGAAGGUAGGUUUUCUGAUCACAUGCGGAGGGAUCGGCUUGAUUUUCCAGAUGAUGGUUAUCGAGGGAGGAACAAACCAAUGCCACCUAUGGAUUGGGGCCAUAGAGACCGUGGAAGGGACAACUUCUUCAAUGAAAGGAAAGGGUACAGACGGGCACCCUCUCCCCCUCCAGCUCCACCAGUUCCUCCUCACCGUGGGCGAUGGGGACGAGAUGUGCGAGAGAGGAGCAGAUCGCCAAUUAGAGGUGCACCUCCACCGAAAGAUUAUCGUCGAGAUAUGUACAUGGAACGGGGUAGAGAUGAUCGAAGAGGCAUUGGGCGUGACCGAAUUGGAGAUGCGUAUUAGCAUGGGUGGGAAAAGCCGAAAAGAUAUUAGAGCCUAGAGGACAGCUUAGGAUUGUAGUGCUUUGCAUUUUAUUUCAAGUUCCCAUGAUAAUUUUGCGGGAUCCUUGACAAUUCUAUAUCUAUCAAGAUUUUCUUUCCAUUAUUGACCAAA